ACCUUUAAUUACAAUGCAAGGGGAAUUCCCUGGCACGCAACAAUUGAGUGCAUGGGAAUGAACGCUUGCACUGUACGUAAUGUACGCCUAUGCACGAGUAUUACAUUCUCCCACUGUAACUAGUGGAAGUUAAGGCCUGUAUUUUGUACGCCAUUGCCAGUUGUUGUACAGCGGGCACGGUUGAACAGUUGGACCAUAGAGCUAGGACCCAUUGGACAGUGCACUGCAGAAGGUUGGAGGAUUCACUUGGCUCACAUAUUUCAUAAUGGCAGAGUGGGGAACUUUUUGCUCCAGAAUGAAGAAAUUUGGUCAGGAGCAUCUGCAGUGCUCCAUAUGCCAUGAUUGGUACAAGAACCCUAAGAUCUUGACUUGCCUGCACAGUUUCUGCAAGGAAUGCCUUGUGAGAUAUAAGGGCGCUGUCUGUAGUAACCUCAAAUGUCCAGUUUGCCGUAGGGUAACUGCUAUUCCAUUAGGCUUCAUUAGUUACCUUCCAACUGAUUUCAAACUGAAAGGCAUGGUAAGAGCAGUCACUAAAGAACUCGACGAAGGGGUGCCAACAUGCCUGGAGCAUGUGGGAAAGUUAUGUUGUGGCUACUGUUACACGUGCAACCAAGUGAUCUGCUUCCUUUGUCUAAAGGAUUCUCACAACACUCACGCAGUAGGUGAAGUUGGUGAGGUGGUGGAAAGUCUUAAACAAUUUGUGAUAGAACUGACAAUUACAAAUGAGAACUCGCUGGACGAUGUUGCCCAGACUCUGGAAACGGUUUCGAAAAUGGAAGAAGACUGUUGUGCGACGCUUGAUGAGAUCAGGAAAAGCGUGGAAGAGCGUGCUGAUGAGGAGAUUGCGAGAGUUACCGCUGCUAAGCAACGCAUCCUGGACAGACUCGACAAGAUCCAAAGUGACAGGGAGAAGCUACUGACUGAAGCCACGCAACAGCUCAACUCAGCCGGGGAAGAUUUGCGUAAAAUCAUCAAGGACUCCGAAGCGACAGUUGAGAUAAGUAACGACUACAACUUCCUGAAAAAGUAUAUCGAACAGAAGGAUGAAUUCUCUGCCUGUUACAGCAGUCCCAGCAUCGAGCACAUAGAGCAGUUAUCAGUGGAGUUCUGUCCAUCGGCAAGUGCUCCCGGAAAAGUCGACCUAGGUAUGCUUCGCGGCGAUACCGUGAUUCCGAGUGAUGAUGAAGACGAUGAUGACGAAGACGAAACAAGCUAUGACGACAACUAUUCUAGCGAACUAUACAGAAAUGUGAAAAAGUGGCGAGGAAAUUGGCUAUGUGACGAGGCCCAAUUCCCUUCACUAGGUUCCAGAUACUUCUAUAGAUAGACCGCUUAUACUCAUCUUAUAAUUUUAUAAUCUUCCCUUCCCCUUUUUGUUUCUAUUGAUUUUCUCAAUGUCACAUACACAUACUUAUGUUCGGUUUCGUAUACUGGAAAUAUUGUUUUUUAAUUGAUUUUUCAUUAUUUGUUUUAGACAAAAGUAUGCAGAAAAUGUAUGCGGUGCAUGAACUUUGUAAAUAAUACCAAAAUUGACUGAUGCUCUGAACAAACUAGUGACUGGUUCACACCAUCGAAAUUGUAUGUAAAGUAUGUACAUUGUUUGGGUAAAGCAUAUAUUAUAUUCAAUCUAUUUUAAGGAUGAAACUGCAAAAUUGAUUUUAUGCAACUAUAUACGUCUUGCUUUUGGUAUAUUGUUCAACCUUACUUAAAGUGUAUUUCUUUAAAGGAAUUAUGAGUAUAACCGAGACUGUCAUGAUUGUAUUGUCUUCUACAAAAUAUUGGUUACAAGAUUUGUAAGUUGGGACAUCAACUGCAAGUCUUAUAGGCUGUAAAAAGUAAUGGUUCAAAUGUGCAGACUUAGCCUGGUUUCGUCAGAUAAAGAAAUGUAAAUAGAAUAUGGAAAGGAAGCAAUUAA